AUGCCUAGCUUGCGUGAUGAAUUAGAGAAGAAGCUACAUGAUUCAAACGCAGCGCCAAUGGUUCUUCCACUAGAAUUUUUGAAAGCCAUCACAUGUGAUUUUUCCACUGAGUUGGAACUUGGAAGUGGUGGGUAUGGAGUGGUUUACAAGGGAGUUUUCAAGAGUGGGAAAAUCAUUGCUGUGAAGAAGCUUUUUGAAAUACAUCUCUUGGAUGAUAAAACAUUCCGGAAUGAAGUCAGAUCUCUUAUGGAGAUCAAGCACCGACAUGUGGUACAGUUUAUUGGUUACUGUGCUGAAUCAAGUUGGGAAACGAUAAAGCAACCAAGUGGGGAUUUCAUUUGGGCAGAAUUGCCAAAAAGGUUGCUUUGUUUCGAGUAUGUAUGCAACAAAAGCCUUCACACAUAUAUUUAUGAUGAAUCUUCGGUCCUUGACUGGAACAUGAGAUAUGAGAUUAUCAAGGGAAUUUGCAGCGGGUUGAAUUUCCUUCAUGAGGAAUGUCGUAUUGUUCAUCUAGACCUUAAACCUGAAAACAUAUUGAUGGAUGCCACAAUGAUACCGAAAAUUGCGGAUUUUGGUUUGUCAAGGAUCUUUGGCAACCAGAAAUCAAGAACUUUUACUCAUCAUCGUGCUGGAUCAAGUGGAUAUAUGGCACCAGAAUACUUAAUCCAUGGAGUUGUCUCUAUGAAGGCUGACAUCUUCAGCUUGGGUGUUAUAAUGAUAGAGAUAAUCACAGGUUGUCGGGACUAUCCAUAUUUCCAGCUUGAUAGUCCCCAGUGUAUUGUUACAUCUUGUCAGCAUUACAUAGUGAAAGUACUUCGAAGUUGGAGGAACAAAUUUGAUUCCACACUGAAUUAUAAACCACUGGAAAAAUAUAGCCAACAAGUAGAACAGUGUGUCACCAUAGCCCUAAAAUGUGUGGACCCUGCUAUGGAGAAAAGACCUACUGCAAAGGAUAUAAUCCAGGUUCUUCAUGCAGUAGACCAGUACACAGACAAGUUGAUGCUACUAAACACUACUGCAAGUAAGGAUAUCACGCCCCCGAGUGUCACUGAAGACAUGUUGAUCAAUAAAGCAACAACCGGUAAAGUGGUAGAUGAAGCAAUGUAUGAGGGUUUGUCACCAAUGCUGACAAUAGAGUCAAGCACAUACACUCAGUAUUCUCAUGAGGGGACAAAGGCACCCAGUGAGCCACAGGCAGCACAAGACAGAACCACUGAGCCUGAGAUCAUAGAAGAUGCAGCUGGACGUAUCUAUUCCAUAGAUGCACAUCAGACAGAGCAAUUGAUUAUAACAAGUGGCUCACAUGGGCAUGUUCAGAUAUGGAACUAUAACCCGCAGGCAAGUUAUUUUAUUGCUUCAGCAGUAAGAAUUUUAGGCAAAGAAAGAAAUUUAUUGCCUCAUGCCCCUCUGCAUCAAAGUGAUGCAUGCAACCCUAGCCGUCUGCAAAUAAAAGUGAUCAAUUCGAUCGAGGUCUCAAGGGAAGGAGUUUGUUGUGUUAAAUUUAUUGCACGGAAGCGAUGGAUGGUGGCUGUUUCAUAUGAUUGUGUUGUUCAUGUGUACAGUUAUGAAAACGAAAUGCAAAAAAUCAGGAGUUUUAGAGCUCACGAUUGUCCUAGGGCCUUCUGUUCACUAGCCGUUCAUCCAACCCAACCGUAUGUGCUGUCAGGAUGUCAUACACAAAUAAAGCUUUGGGAUUGGGACCAAGGCUGGAAUUGUAUACAAAUAUUUGAGGAACACUCGGGACAAGUUUGUGACAUGGUAUUUAACCCAACGGACACCAACAGUUUUGCUAGUGCUUGGGCUGAUUGGGCAAUAAAGGUUUGGAGUCUUGGUUGGUCCAAAUCUAAGUAUACUCUGUGUGGUCAUUCGGGAGCCGUGACCUCCCUCGAUUUCUUCACACGUGAUGGUCGGCAGUAUUUGGUUACUGGCUCAUUUGAUAGGACUGCCAAGGUAUGGAACAUGCAGAAGAAGAAGUGUGUUCAUACACUGACUCACAAUUCUGAAGUUAGUAAUGUCGUUUCCCAUCCCAAUCUUCCGGUUCUAGUCACAGGUACAAGUGAUGGUGCUGUUCAUGUGUGGAACUCCACCAAUUUCAGGCUCAAGAGAAUACUUAACAUUGGCGGACUAUCAGGGGUUAAAGGUCUUGCAUGUUUGAUGGGAUCAGAAAGGGUUGCGGUUGCACAUUCGAGCAAACUAUCAGUGAUGGAAAUACAUGAUGAAGAACAAGGUGGGAGCAGCAGCGACGUCGAUUUCAUGAGAGCAGCAUCAUAGGAAGUCCAAAACCUUCAUGCCAAGCAAAGCCAAUCCAGGACUGCGAGUAUUUUGGUGCAGGAUUUUAUGUUGUCAAAGUGGUAUAUAUGUAUAUGGCGCACAGAUGUACUAGUUGAUUGUUACUAGUGCUGUAGUACUGUUAUUUCUUUUUUUUGUAUGCCCGCUGGUUGCUGCAGGUUGGCAUAGACUUCAUUGUAGAUGUAACGCAAGACUAGCAGAGUCGCUAUAUUCACAUCCUU